CAAAAACUUUCUUCCGCCGCCGCAUUUGUUUACUAUUUCUGAAUCCGCAGGGAGGAAGCGAGAGGUAAAGGAGCGACGAAGGCGAGGAGGCGGUGUCGGCCAUGGUGACGGAAGUGCCGGAUGGAUCGGUGCGCAACAUCCUGGAGCAGGAGACGCUUAAGUGGGUCUUCGUCGGGGGAAAGGGCGGCGUUGGCAAAACAACCUCCAGCUCCAUUAUUUCUGUCCUCCUCGCCCAGGUCCGCCAGUCCGUCCUCGUCAUCUCCACCGAUCCUGCCCAUAACCUCAGCGACGCCUUCCAGCAGCGCUUCACCAAGGUCCCCACCCUCGUCAAUGGCUUCUCCAACCUCUACGCCAUGGAAGUGGAUCCCAAGAUGGAGGACGACGACUUAUCUGACGAGGGCCUGGAAGGAUUCCUUUCGGAGUUGACGAAUGCGAUUCCCGGAGUCGACGAGGCUAUGAGCUUUGCUGAAAUGCUCAAAUUAGUCCAGACAAUGGAUUACUCAGUAAUAGUAUUUGAUACUGCUCCAACUGGUCAUACUUUACGACUAUUGCAAUUUCCGUCAACUUUAGAGAAGGGGCUUGAGAAAGUUAUGUCUCUGAAGAAUAAGUUUGGUGGCAUGUUUACACAGGCUACUCGCCUUCUUGGCCUUGGUGAUGAGUUCAGUGAGGAUGCUAUGCUAGGCAGGCUGGAAGGUAUAAAGGAUGUGAUUGAGCAAGUAAACAGACAAUUUAAGGAUCCAGAUUUGACAACAUUCGUCUGCGUGUGUAUUCCUGAGUUUCUUUCUCUAUAUGAAACUGAAAGGUUGGUUCAAGAACUCGCAAAGUUUGAGAUAGAUGCCCAUAACAUCAUUAUUAACCAAGUUCUUUUUGAGGAUGAAGCCGUUGAAUCCAAAUUACUAAAAGCGCGAAUAAAGAUGCAACAAAAGUAUAUCGACCAGUUCUACAUGCUUUAUGACGACUUCAACAUCACGAAAUUGCCGCUGCUCCCGGAAGAGGUUUGCGGAGUUCAAGCACUUAGGAAGUUCUGUCAACACUAUGUUACACCGUAUAAGCCUUCUCUCGUGCGGGGCACCAUCGAAGAAGUUCAGCAGAGAAUAUCUACCUUGCGACUGCGGCUCCAAGAAGCCGAGUCCGAGCUCGAGAGACUGCAACAAGGGAAGUAG